AUGAACGUAGCUGUUGGUUACCGGGUUAGCGUGCCAGGCUAUGCAGGCGGCUUAUCAGCUUCGUUACCGGGAGGAGGAGCGGCAGCAUGGGAGCGUCUAGGAUCUGAACUUGUGUUGACAGCAUUAGUAUCCGCCGCGCACUUCGCAGCUAUGGAGCGCCGCUGGACUGGUGCUGCGCCAGCGCUUCUUGGAACGGCAUACUGCGCAGCUAGUUUUGUUUCGAUGCCAUCUUUAAAUCCUGCGCGUUCUUUGGGACCAUCGUUUGUACUAUCCCGAUGGGAGAGCCACUGGGUAUGCUGGGUUGGUGGUGUUGGUGGCGGCGUAGCCAGUGCACUACUUCACGAGUGGGGUUCGCGACGGGGACCAGGAGGGGGUUCUUCCCGAGCAUCGUCACCUCGGGAUCUUGAUGAACUUGAUAAGCCAGCCUUCCCCUCGCAUUCGCAUUACCGUCACGCGCCAACGUACUGCGCGGCCGCAGCCCCCCGCCCCGAUGCGAACGAACCUCUAUACUCUGGGACUAAGUCUCUCUACUGCAGAUCUCCACCGCCUGCUAGACAUGGCCUGCACAGGUCACAGUCAGUGUAUAGUAAGGGUAGCUCAGCAACGUCAGGUGUAGCUGGUAAUGCGAGUUCAGUGACGGCGGGUAGCACUGCACCGCUGGUAGGAGCGCAGUCGCUAGUCUUGCGGCCACCGCACACGCACGCUCAUCAUGCGCUCGCGCACAAUCAAAAUGCACACAAUGCACAACGUGAUCCACCAUAUGGCACCGCUAAUGGAGUGCGGCCUGGACCUGCCGGUGCGGCGGCUCAGCCUCGUCGCGACUCGAUGUACUCUGGCAGCACAGUGGGCACGGGCUCGGCUAGCGUGGCUGGCGUGGCCGGCGUGGCGGGCGUGGCGGGCGGCGUGGCGAGCACGCGGCGCGGCGCGGAGGAGAGCGCGUACGGCACGUACGGGCGCGCGCAGUUCCGCUCGCCGCACACGCCGCCGCACGUGCACGACCACUACUAG